GUCACAAGUAGACAACGACAAGGCGGUUAAGUCUUUUGUUAUGUCAACCACAAAAGGAUGCUUUGAUUCGUUGGAAAAAAGUUGAUAGCACCGAGAAACGAUGAAAAAGUAGGGUUGGAAACUUUUUCAUAAGAUGCGGUGCAAGAAGAACAAUAGCAAAUAUUUUUGGCGUGAUGAGAGAGAGAGAGAGACUCACAUAUCUUUAGCCAAUCAUUGCUAUUCUUCAUUUGUGUUGAAUAGACACCGACGCAGUGACUCGUGUAGGUCAGCUUGGAUAGUUAUGGGAGUAUGGUUUACUUGUUCUAAUAAUCAGUUGGAAAAUUUCAAUAGUGCUAGUGGUACUACCUUGCAAACCUUGGAAACGUUUAGAGAACAAAUUAUGUAACUAUGUGUGAAGAUUAUCGACCCACAAGAAAGUGAGUUGGUGAAAGAGCUCUUGCAACUUUGUGCUCAACUGGGUGACGUGGAAGCUAUGAUUUAUUGUACCAAGUUGGUAGUUCCUUAUCGUUGGGAUAUUUCGAGACUACAAAGAUUGGUGGAAACGCUUCGUGUCUGGACACAAGUCGACACAAGAGAAGAACCUUGUGAGGAUCCGAAACAAGUGUUGAAUGAGUUAUUUCAACAACAGGUGGAUAAUAAUGAGUCAUUAUCCAAUAGUUGGUAACUGACUAGUGUUAUUAUUGGUUUUGGAAAAGAAUAUUUUGUAGAGUGUAAAAUGAAAGAACAUGUCCUUGUUUAUUAUUUUUGGGUGGAGAGGGGAAAGGCAAAAGCAACAAAGAGGUAUAUAAAAUGUAUUCUAUAAUAAUGCAUUGUUUCAUAUUUUGAUAUUUGUAUAACGAGACAUUUUUAUGUUGUUAUUUGGAAAAAGUUUCGAAAUAAUAAUAUCCCAACCGGAAUAGAUUCGCAACUACACAACCCGGUUUUGUUAAGUUU